CUAACAUGACGUGCUCCUGGACACGACCUGCUCGUCGGUUCCUUUCAACAUCCCCUUUCAACCUGGAGGCUCUCGAUGCAUGGAUAGCAUCUCCCAAAUCACUUGUCCUCACUGAUACCUUUCAUUCUAAUCACCUUUCAGACCUCUACAUCACUCUACCUACUCGCGACGGCACGCGUGGUCGCCCAUUUACAUCCCCUGUAGAAGGUACACCUCUCGGAUACGGACACCAUCUUGCCUUCUUCCAUCCACGUAAUCCAGAGGCACUACUGCGCAAAGAUGGGACCGACGCUGACUUCUGUCCGCCUAAACCAUUCACACGCCGGAUGUGGGCGGGUGGCACCAUGAUAUGGAACAAGGAAAGAGAAUUGAAAGUAGGAGAGAAGGCCACUGCCGUGUCUACUGUAGCCAAGGUCGAGAAGAAAGGAUUUGAUGGCGGGAAGCCGAUGAUAUUUGUGAAACAGAGAAUUGAACUGACCGUGGAAGGACGAAGUGAACCUGGGAUAGUGGAGGAACGAGCACAUGUCUAUCAGCCACCUGUAGCUAGUGUAGGGAGCCGCAUACCCCGUCAAGUGAACGAUCUCCCAAAGUCUGAGUUUUCGUUGUCGUACACUCCGACAUUGACGACGUUAUUCCGUUUUUCUGCUCUUACAUUCAACGGACAUCACAUACAUUUGGACAAGGAUUACGCGCAGAAAGUUGAAGGAUAUCCAGAAAGACUUGUUCACGGGCCCCUGACAGCCCUUAUGCUUCUAGAGUGUCUCAUUUACCACCGCCCAGGGGCCAAACUGCGCACCUUCAGCUAUCGCGCGCACAACCCAAUUCUUGUGAAUCGUGCCGCGACGAUACAUGGUGCCAUUGUGGCAAAGGACAAAGCAGAAUUGUGGUGCGAAAACGAUGAAGGGGUUGUUGGCAUGACUGGCGCUAUCCAGUUUGGGGAAUAAAUCUAUGGCCUCGUCAUAUCAAACCUCUGUUCGCAGCCUUCUCAGGCACAUCGACGACGUCAAACUCGUACAGCGCCAACAAUGAUAGCUGUUUGUACAGACAAUGACGUUGGAAUAGAAGCUCAGAUGAUGUCAGAUGUCUCAUGUCUUUGUGUUGGCUCGAUGGUGCAUACUCCUGCCCUACGGACGCAAUCACAUAUCACGCCUACAUGCAUCGCUGACAACGAUAAUAAACUUUUGAAGAACAUCUCAUGCCUCCCUUAGUGCGUACCUGAAGCAAGUAAGCACAGGAUAAGAGUUCAGCCAGGGAAAACGUACAUUUUUUACAGGAUACAGC